UCACUAGAUGAUGGUGCGGGAUAUGUACCAAGGAUCAACCUGAUCCAGUAAUGUUGGACAAAGUGAUACCACGAACUUCCACGUGUGUGCCCUAAUUGGAACCAAGCUAAUCUACUUCCCAACAGAAAUUGAGCAACCGUAUUUAUUUGCAUAUUUAAGGGGAAGAAGCCUUGGGAGGAAGAGGAUUGGAAUCUACCGGAAAAUGCUGAGGCUGGUUUCAAAGAGAAUUUUGGGAGCAGCUUCGCGGGAGCUGCCGUCGCCGGCGCUCCAGGUUCUGCCCCGAUUCUACCACGAGAGGGUUGUUGAUCACUACAACAACCCACGGAAUGUUGGAUCCUUCGACAAGAAUGACCCCACGGUCGGUACGGGCUUGGUUGGGGCACCUGCAUGUGGAGAUGUCAUGAAACUACAGAUUAAGGUUGACGAAAAGACCGGACAGAUCCUUGAUGCUUGCUUCAAGACCUUUGGCUGUGGUUCGGCUAUUGCCUCUUCCUCUGUGGCUACGGAGUGGGUAAAAGGAAAGCAAAUGGAAGAAGUUUUAUGCAUAAAAAACACUGACAUUGCAAAGCAUCUAUCUCUUCCUCCAGUUAAGCUUCACUGCAGCAUGCUUGCUGAGGAUGCCAUCAAAGCAGCUGUUAAAGACUAUGAAGCUAAGCGUGCCAAGUCAACUUCCGCUGAGGUAACAUCUGGAGAGAAGGACCACUGCUUGAUUUCGUCGAUGUCUGGAAUGAUGACAAAAACAGCCAUCGUUUUGGCUUUCUAAUGUCGUCAAGUCAAGGAUCAGUGAGUGACAUUGAGCAUCUUCAUGUAAAACUUUUAUCGGCUGGACCUAGUUUGCUGGGUUCUAUUGUCCUUGUGUGAAGUUAAUACUGGUGAUGCUUGCUAGGGUUUGUUGCUUCAUUGUUUGCAUGGUGGUUUCUGACACUCGAGCAAGGGCCUGCCAGUAUGACUCUUUAAAGUUGUAUAAAUAUUUUACUACAUACAAAAAUGCCUGGCAGCGGACCAUUUUUCA